CAGUGAUGAGUGAUGACUGAUGAGAGAAAACGGGCCAGCCUUUGCUUUUGAGGGCUUUCCUCCCUCUUCCUGAUUGUCGCAAAGUCCUCAGCAGAAAGCAAAGUACCCAGAGACAAUAAUCUCAGAGAAAGAGAGAGGUAUGGGAAGCGCGGCAGAGCCGGCGGGAAGCUUGACGCCAAAGCUACCGCUCUUCUCAGUCCCACUGAUGCAGUCAACAGAGCCUUCUGGCAUGCUAACCCCGCCAUUCCACAGCUCAGCCGCAGUCCCAUUUCGCUGGGAAGAAGAGCCGGGGAAGCCCAGGCCCUGCACCGCUCUAGCCAACAUCAGUGACUUCGCUACAAAGUGCUUGGAACUCCCUCCUCGGCUGCUGUCGGAGACAAAACUGCCUUCCCCCACCACUGUCUUGGAGGGCCCAUAUGCGGGCACCAGGUCUAAAUUUCAGUCCUCUUCGUUUAGACUUAGCAGGGAGUGCUAUGGAUCUUUCAGUCACGAGAGAGCCCAGCUUGGGGUGCCUGCGCCUCUCAGCAAGAGGGGUUGGCUUGGCUCUUGGGGCAGGAGGGCUUUCAAAAGCAAAAAAGAGGUUGGAGGGUUUAGCCAUGUCUUCCCAUCUUCCCUGGAUAAAGAGAGUGAUUGUGGUAGUACCGCCGGAGAGAGCAACAGUAAAAAGGGGAAGAUGACAAGGAUUAGAAGGGCAGGGAGCUUACCUAAUCUCUCCCACGCCAGGUCUCAUUUCUGGGCGACUAUAUACGAGGGCUUGAAGCAGGUGGUUCCAUGGGGGAAUAAGAAGCUGAAGAAAGAUAGGGUUGUGAUAUAGACUAGCCAUUGUCCAUUGCUGCUCGCUUCUCUACGCUCUGCAAGCUUUUUUAUCUUGUUUUUUUAUUAUGGAAAGAUAUUUGGGCUCUAGCAAAUCAAUUAUGCAUUGUUGAGCUAUGAGAACUUACCAGUAUUGGUGAAUGUGGGAAGGAAGUUUGUAGUAGAUUCUUAUUUUCGUGAGAAAAAAACAAAGAAAAGAGAAGACAACAGCUCCCAAAGCACUUAAGUGCUCUUUAUUGUAUUAGUUUCCAUCUUAAUCUUAUCCUAUGAAUUUUAGUUU